AUGAAACAAUUGUUUUUAGUAUAUUUUUUCACUUUUUUACAUAUCACUUUUGCUGGCAAAGAUGUUCCUAUGUACAGAAGUUAUGAAAAUUAUAAAUGUUUAAAAGUUCAGGGACACAGAAACGCUAUUGAAAUACUAAAAAACGUAUUGCAACAGAAUGAUGAUACAUUGUCAUACAACGAGGCACGAGAUGGAACUGAAUUUGUCGUAUCACCCAAUUUACAAGCGAUUCUUAAUGACAAUAUCGCUCGAGGGAAUUUAACUGUGUCAGUUAUCUAUGAUGAUAUAUCUAAAAUAAUACAACUGGAAAAGCCUGUGAUACGACGCAGCAAUGAUUUCUCUUGGACUGCAUACUACGAUAUCGAUGAUAUAUAUCGCUUUUUGACAAACACAAGUAGGACGUACUCAAAAUUAUCGGAGCUUAUCGUCGGCGGUCAGAGUUAUCAGGGACGCUCGAUUCUGGGAUUGCGGAUAAAUACGCCUGGGAAAACGAAUACGCCUAAACCAGUCUUCUUUAUUGAAUCGGGUAUCCACGCGAGAGAAUGGAUAGCUCCGGCUACAACUACUUACUUUAUAAAUGAAUUGUUAACAAGCAGUGACCCUAAAAUAAUGAGUUUAAGGGAUCAAUUUGACUGGCGCAUUUUUCCGUCCGUAAAUCCUGACGGGUAUCAUUACAGUUAUACCGUGGAUCGACUUUGGAGGAAAACACUUUCAAGAUCCAACUACAGAUGUUUUGGUGCAGAUCCCAACAGAAAUUGGAAUUACAACUGGGGUAAAUACUCUUCAACGAAUAAUCCAUGUGAUUAUCAAACCUAUGCCGGGUCGCGGCCAUUUUCUGAAAUAGAGACACGAACUCUUUCAUCGUACAUUCAGAGCAUUGACAACCUGCUGGUAUAUGUUAGUUUGCACUCGUAUGCUGCGAUGCUGUUAAUACCUUUCUCAGACUCAACUCAACAUGUGGAUAAUUAUAAGGACUUGGUUAGAGUGGGUAAGCGUUCCAUUGAUUACGGUUACCAAGUUAACAGAGCAGAAAGAUACCAAGGACCGGGUACCGCAGCGGAAAUGUUAUACAAAUCUUCUGGUUGCAGUACAGACUGGGUUCGACACACUUUAAAUACUCCGCUGGUGUACACUUACGAGUUGCGUGGUAACUCCUUCCACUGGCCUCCAUCGAGAAUUCAGGAACAAGGCAACGAGGUUACGCAAAUGAUGCUAGGACUUGCUUCCGAGGCCAGCAUAUUGGGAUAUUUAUAA